AUGUGUAUUUAUGACGUUUAUGGUCCUUGUUCUUGUCCCCAUGGCCGAUGUUUCACAGUGCUAGCGCAAUGUUUCACUGUUUCAUCCUGGGUAUCUUCCUUCCUUGCGGUCACAUCAUGUUUCUACAUGUACGUGCGUCCGAUUCCUUCCGAAGGUGAGCCCGAACAACCCAAGGAAGGUUUUGGAUUCCUGGGGAGACAAGCAAAACUCCAAGAGCCUCCAAGCUUCAGCGAGUGUGUAUAUUGGGAUGGUGAAGAAUCUGAUGCAUAUUUCGAUUCCAUGUGGAAAGCGGGAAAGGCUAUGGGUAUCAUUGCCGUCGGAGUCGGUUUCAUUGUUAUGUGCAUCGUUAUGUGCACUUGCUGUGUCGCAUAUCAGCUCCCUACAUUUGAUGGACUUUUUUGGACAUGUAUGUUCUGCUUCGCAGCCCAGUGCCUUUCUUUCUUGAGCUGGGGCAGCGAUUUAUGUGACGACAUGGAAUGCACUUGGGCUCCUGGGUCUGGAACCAAUAUUUCUGCUGCAAUGUUGUGGAUUUGGGCUGCGAACAUGGUAAAGUCUUUUCCCGAAGCCCUACCAGCUCGUGGAAGGGGGCAACGUGGAGCUAACUACGAGGAUGAUGACGAGUACUAUGAAGACUCGCCUUACUUGGAUCCCAACGGAGGAUUUGAUCCUGACUACUAUGAUUAUGGAGACGAAGAGUCAUGGCAGCCAGAGCAGGAUUAUGAUGGGUAUGAUGACAGUACAUACGGUGGCUAUGAUGAAAAUCAAGAUUAUGAUAAUCGGACUUACGAUGAGUAUGGAAGAGAUGAUUACACUCAAGACGAUUAUACAAGAGGCGAAUAUGGAGAUGAUACUUACACACAAGAUGACUAUACACAAAGUCAAUACGGAGAUGAGCAAUACUCACAAGAUGAUUAUACACAAGAUCAAUAUGGAGAUGAUUACUAUGAUGGCGAUGAAACGUAUGAUGGAUCCAAUGGCGACAACUUUUACCACUCCGAUCCCUCAGAUUCCAAUGCGAGAAUGUCUGCAGAAGAAAGGGAGUAUCUCGGAGUUGAUUCGGAUACAAGGAGUACCAUGGAAGAUUUGGAUUAA